GUUCGUUUCAGUCGCCGACUAAAACUGGACGAACGUGUUGUGUAAUUUUGCAUAAAAGUUCUUAAUUUUUUUCCAAACUAAAUUUUAUAAUGGAUAAUUCUGUGAAAAUUGAUCCUGGUAAUACAGCACCAAUGCCUCAACGCCAACAAAUACGUGGCAACAAUCAGCAAAAUAAGAAUAUGGGCGGCAAACAAAAGCAGCUUGAUGACGGCGGCGGCCCCGCUGAAAAGAGACAACGCUUCGGUGGUGGCGGCGGCGGCGGUGGUCCCAACAUUCAAAAUCAAAAUGGCGGGGGUGGCCAGAAUCCAAAUAAGAAUUUUGGUGGCAACAAGGGUGGAUUUGGUGGCGGCAAUCGCAACCGCAACCGUGGCGGCAACAAUCCAAAUAGGUCCAAUUUCCAAAAUCAGAACAAUCUAAACCAAAAGUCCAAUGCAGAGGCACCCAAGCCGGACGGAGGAAACGUUAAUGACAAAUCUAAUGAAGCUUCAAGCGGCGGCAACAAUGCCAAUCAAUCCAAUCCAAAUGCAGCUGGCCAAGCUCAGGCUCAAGUUCAAAACCAGGGACAAGCUCAUGCUCAUGCCCAGGCUCAGCAACAGCAGCAGCAACAACAGCAGCACCAGCACCAGAAUCAAGGGUUUAGGCCACGCGGUGGCAAUGGAGGCGGUGGUCAGCAUGGUGGAGGUGGUGGUGGUGGUGGUAACAAUGGAGGAGGAGGCGGCGGUGGAGGAGGCGGACGCGAUCGGAAUCGCGGAUCACGCGGUGGUCAGCAUGGCGGCGGCGGCGGUGGAGGAGGCGGUGGCGGCGGAGGACAAAACUCUGGCGGCGGCGGUGGUGGAGGCGGUGGCGGCAACAAUUCGCUGCGUGGCGAUGAUUUCUUUAUUGCGCAACGUUUGCGCAGCAUCAGUGGGCCAACCCAUGAGUUGCCACCUAUUGAGGUAGCCCAAGAAACGAAAUUCUCUGGUCGCAAUCGCCUGUAUGUGGGCAAUCUGACAAAUGAUAUUACCGACGAUGAGUUGCGUGAAAUCUUUAAGCCGUACGGUGAAAUUGGCGAGAUAUUCUCCAAUUUGGAGAAGAACUUUACAUUCCUCAAAGUCGAUUAUCAUGUGAAUGCCGAAAAGGCCAAGCGUGCCCUAGAUGGUUCGUUGCGCAAGGGUCGCCAAUUGCGCGUCCGAUUCGCACCCAAUGCAACCAUAUUGCGUGUCAGUAAUUUGACACCAUUUGUCUCCAACGAAUUGCUUUAUAAGGCAUUCGAAGUGUUUGGACCCAUUGAGCGGGCAAGCAUUACGGUUGAUGAUCGUGGCAAGCAUUUGGGCGAGGGAACGGUUGAGUUUGCCAAAAAAUCAUCGGCUAGCGCCUGUUUGCGUUUGUGCAAUGAGAAAUGCUUCUUUUUGACAUCGUCGUUGCGUCCAUGCCUCGUCGAACCGAUGGAUGUGAACGAUGACAAUGAUGGAUUGCCAGAGAAGGCGUUGAACAAGAAGGGUCCCGAUUUCAAUCAGGAGCGCAGCGUUGGUCCACGCUUCGCCGAUAUCAAUUCGUUUGAGCAUGAGUACGGCUCGCGAUGGAAGCAAUUGCAUGAUCUAUACAAGAGCAAGCAAGAUGCUCUCAAGCGUGAGCUCAAAAUGGAAGAAGAGAAGCUAGAAGCUCAAAUGGAGUACGCUCGCUAUGAGCAAGAAACAGAGCUAUUGCGUCAAGAGUUAAGAAAACGCGAAUCCGAUAAUGAGCGCAAGAAAUUGGAAUGGGAACUUCGCGAAAAGCAGGCGGAGGAGAUGCGCAAACGCGAGGAGGAGACGAUGCGUCGGCAUCAGACCGAAAUGCAGAGUCGCAUGGUCCGUCAGGAGGAGGAUAUGCGCCGUCGCCAGCAGGAGAACACGUUGUUCAUGCAGGCUCAGCAGUUGAACUCGCUGCUCGAUCAACAGGAAGUCUUUGGCGGCGGUAAUAAUGGCGGUGGCGGCGGCGGUGGCAACGGAGGCGGCGGCAACUUUGACAACUUUGGCGGCAGUAACUCGCCAUUCGAGGUUUUCCGAGGAAAUAAUAAUAACAACAACAACAUGGGAGGCAACAAUUCCGGUCCAGGUCCCAACAACCAGCAGCAGGAUGGCUUCGCAUCUUUUGAAUUUGGGGUUAACAAUAUGAACCAAGGCGGCAAUCAACGUGGAAAUAACGGCGGCAAUAAUGUUCCAUGGGGACGACGUCGUUUUUAGACAUGCUCCCGAUAUCAAUCAAAUGGACCACACAUAAACCCAAAAAAAAAAAACAAGAACAAUUACAAAAUUAAAAAAAAAAAAACCAACAUCUUCUUGCAUACAUAAAUCCGAUAUUUAGAUAUAUAUGCAUGUACUAAUAAUAAAUCAGUCUUUAUAUACAAAUAUAUGUAUAUCGAUUAUCAUAUAUAUGUAUGUGUGACGUCGCAAAUCGAACAGUUUGCUAUCGAUUUUGCAUUUGUUUUACAAAACUUAAUCCAAAUUGUUUGCUAUCGAAUGUAAAUGGAGAUACACAUAUUAUUAUCAUUAAGUAAUUACAUUAACAUUAAUUAUACUUAACUUAAACUAUUUGCUACACCCAAAACAACUACCAUACAAAAACUUCUAAUAUAUACAUCUAGACAUAUAUACAGGGAUGCCACAGAAAUCGCUCAACAAUUUCAACGGUGCCACAGAAACCCGAUUUUUAAGGUUUUUAGUAAAUUUUACCAACCUUUUCGAACUUGCCUGUCCAUAUAUUUUUUUUUUAUCAUAAUCAUCAAUCAAGUUCAGCUUAGAAAUUGUGGCAUCACUGACCUUGACUUUGAAAAUGUCAAACGAGGUGGCAACGCCAGCGGAAUAAAAGCUGAUUGAUAGCGAAAUCAUUCCGCUGAAAAUUUGCCGAAGCGAUUUCUGUAGCACCCCUGAUAUUUAAAUAUAUAUAUUAAUAUAUAAUAGCACUAUAUGUAUAUACAUAUAUAUGCAUUACAUAUAUAUAAAUAUAGGUAUUAUUUGAUACAAUUAUUUCUGCAAAUAUUAUGUCAUCGUGAAGUGUCAUCUAAAUAAAGAAAACUUGGAUUUUGAAGAAUUGAAAAACUAUACUAUAUAAUUAUGUAUGCUCCAACCUGACUUGGAAAACUCUCUUGACCUACUUUUUUUUAAUAUUGUUAAUUUGAAAAUUUUUUUCUUAAAUAUUGCAAUUUUAUUUUAUUUUUUUUUAAUUCUCUUGAAUUUUGUAUUGAAAUAUAAUCUGAUAUAUGUAUAGACAUUGAAUAUAUUCGUUAACUUUUCGUAUUGUUGCUACAAUCUCUACUACUAUAUGGUGAGUAUAAUGCACUGGGAUUAUUUUUGUCUAUGGAUUUGGGAUCAAUUGGGGGAUAUUUAACAAAAUGUUGGGAAAUAUUUUGGCAAUUUUUGAAUUACUUGUGAUAUGGACAUAAAAGAUCUAUAGAACAUGUGUAAUAGUUCUUGUCCAGCUCUGUUAAACAAUAUUUUAUAUGAAUUUUUAAAAAAUAAUAUAUGUAGAAAUUGUAAUUACAUUAUGAACGGCGGAGUUUCGUUGAACUUAAUAUUAUAAGUAUGUCAAAUUGUGAUUGGAUGUGGGAAUGAAGAAGGAAUGCUUUGAUGAUAUAUGGAAUGUAUUUGAUUUGGAAUGGAAUUAACUGCUGGGGAACUUAAAGAAAUUUGCGAAACUGAUUUGGGAAGCUUAAAAUCGUAUGCAUCAAGACGAUGACGAUAAUGAUUUUUGUUUUUUUUGUGAUAGCAAUUAAGUGCUAUGUAUAUGUGGAACUCCAUUAUAAUUAGCAAAAGGUAUGUACGGUUAUGGAUCAUGCCACAAAACUGACACUUGACACAAUGCCAAGUCAAUUAAAUGUAAUUGGAUCUGACUAAUGUUUAUGUCUGCCAUACAAAUGCACUUGCAGAUAGUAAGGGCACUGAACUGUCUAUAAACAUACAUAUUGAAUAUAUGAGUAAUCUGCAAUUCUAAGAUUUACUGUGUUUAUACAAAUUGCGAUUUUUGUUUCCAAGGGUUCUGCUGUUUGCAAGAGUAUCAAAUAUUCGGCCCGAUCGAAUUUAUUUCUUAUCUUUGAUUUUCGUUUGGAUCGUAAAGAAAAUCAACUCUAUAUUUUCGUUAUGUUUCAUUCACAUUUAAAUCAACCUAACUAAUUCACAGCUCUCGAAUUUCUCCCGAUUCUUAAUCGACUUUCGGCGACAAUUUGUCGAUGCAAAUGUAAUGCAAUAUGAAUAUCGAUGGCGAUGGGUCUCCAUACGUUAUGACGUCUAUUUUUGGAUAACUUCCAUUUGUGUGUGACGACUCAAAUCGAUUGCGAACCCAAAUCACGUACUUUGUGAAUACUUGAAUUCGUUUCUAUUUGUAAAUUACGCAACAUUUUGUUUAUAUUAAUAUUGUAACAAAAGGUAACUUGAUUGGUGGAAUGCUCUUAAGAUUUUGUUACCUGCUUUUUUUUUGCCACCCUGCACAAUUUCCCCUUGUACUAUUGGGAUUAUAAGGGGAACAAAUCGAAUGGUGACUUUCUAUUUCUCGAAAUCAUAUUUGCUGUAAUAUGUGUAUGUUUUUUGUUGUUGUUGUAUUAUUACUAUUGACAAUCUGUGUAUUUCGGAACUGUUUGAACAAUUGUGGACUCGAACGGAUUGCAAAUGAAAUGAAAUAAUGGCCAGAGCGAUAUGUGUAUGAUCAACAAUGAUAAUUAUAAUGCAACAUCACAUGGUUAAUGAUCCAUUUCUUCCCCAAUAAUUGCACAGAAAUCACACUGUGCCGAGGAAGUUUCAAAUCAUCUAUUUAAUUAUAUUUAAAUAUUGUUUACGUACACAUAUAUUUACUAUUAUAUAUGGAUGUAUGUGUGU